AUGUCCGUGACGAAGAGGAUGUGCUGCCAAAGACUUGGUUCCAAAAACCCGAAGCAGGGCAGCGAGUGCCACAUGACCCAGCGUGGCAGCUGGGGAGAGGAAUGUGAUGAAACACUUCCCAGAGAUCAACUCACAACAGACUCCAUAGACACGGGGUUGGGGGUAGGGAGCGCCAAACUGUGGGCUGACCGACCAGUCAACUCUCAAGGGGGUGCAAGCUCUAAAGGGACGAGCGAUCCACCUUUUCGAGUCCUCCGGCUCCCCACCACUGUUCUUCGAAGAGCCCUCUUGCCGACGCGGCACCACCCCCUCCCUGGCGCAGCCAGCCCGCUAAGGGUGCCUGUUGUACAUUUUCUCAGCUCCAAGAAGGGGUGCGGCUGUGCGGGCGCUCCUAGAAAUCUCUUCUGCUUGCCUCUGAUGCGAGGGUUCCCGGCCUCGCCGAGAGGCGAGGGCGGCUCCCACAGCAGCUCGGUCCCACAACUCUCUGUCGGGACGCUGCUGGCCGCGUGGCGCGGCCCGGCGCCCCACCCUCCCCACGCCACCCGCUGGGGGCCCGGGCGGUGGGGGCUCCGCGGCGGCUGCUCGAAGAGUAAGUUUCAUACCACAGCGCACUCACGACACAGAACCUACCCUGAAGCCGAGCGAGACGCGAGCUCCCUCCGCCUUCAAGGGUUGGGGGGAGCGGGGGGGUCCCCGCCACUCAGCAGCAGCCACGACUGCGCGCGGUCGCGGGUGUGCGGGACCCCUGCGCGCCGCGUGCCGCCCGCCGCCCAACUUUGCACAAAGGCAGCAUGGCACUGCCUCGCCUGUCGGGCUCUCCCAGCGCCGCGGCCGCUCUUCCCCGUCCGGGGGAGAGGGGCUCGCCCUUUCCCACCCCAGCCCUCCCCUUCUCCUCUUGCCCCCACCCCGCUCCCAGGCGGGCCAGCCGGGCGGAACCGAGCGCCCGGCCCCGAGCUCCGCCGCCUUGGCGGCCGCCGCUCGCACUGUGACGUUAGCAGCCUUCGCGGCUAUUUAUAUCCACACGAUUGGAUUUCAUUCAUGAAACCCGGGCCUGGUGUGUCUGUGCGCUGGGGCGCCGGUGGCAAAGGUGCCUCAGCUUUACGCAGACCCGGGGGGCCCGGGGCUGGGAGGCAGACUGCCCGGGACGAACAUGCGCGGAGCCGGGAGACCCUGACCCUUCUCCCAGGCGGCCGGGAGGGUCGGGUCAGGGCGAUUGGGGCCCCCGUCCCUGUCCCCGGCACCCCACCCACACCCGUACAACUGCUGGCCCUUUGUCCCAGGCUCUGGAAAAAAACACCAGUAACCUGGAAGCCAACUCACCAGUCAGCCCCUAGGAAGAAAGCUGAAGCAUGGAGAUUUUCCUUAGUUGGCAUUAGUCGCCUUUUCAUAAUGGUUCCUUAUCUGAGAGCACUGAGGAGCUGAUUCCUGUCCCUGGAGAUGAGAACAUCUGUCUUCGUGCACACAACUGAGACUCUCCUGAGUUCUAUAAAUAUUUAUGUUUAUCGUCAUAUUUCACAUGACCUCUAAUUUACCACUUGGUAAACUCCCCUUUAUGGACAAGUAGUUAACUGCGUCACAUGUGAGUGAUAUAAGCAGUUAAACAGGUUAAGAUCAAUAUUGAAGGAGCACAAUCCCUUAGCUUGUAAACAUAAGCUGUGGACUCCUGGGGUCCACAAAAUCUGGGGUCAGGCACAAAAUCUCACUUCCCAUCCUUGUGUCUGUCUUAGGAAAAAACUGGGGUGGUGCUAACGGGCAUGGUAGGGUCAUUGUGUUUCCAUACCCACAGAGCUUGAACAGCAGCGUGGGCAAGAAAGCCCACAGUGAAUGGCUUUUAAUAAUGGUGAAUGAUAAAACUGGUAUAAGACAUUGUAGUUCUAACUUCUAAUUACUCACAUAUACAGGCCACCUAUGUUGCUUGUGAAAAAGCUGCCAUUUUAAGGGAAAAUUACUCUUCAUGAUUUCAUUUGUUCCACUGUCAUCACUGCCGACAUCACAUUGGUCAUCCAUGAAAAGGCACUUUGAGAUCACAAAAACGGUUUGCAGAGAUUAAAGUGUAAUAAACAGGGAAGGUACUAGUGGGCAUAAACAAUGGUAAUAAACACCAAGAUUGCCACCGGACAUUUUAAUCCAUAAUUAUGUUAGUCAGUAUUGAGUAAGCAAUACACUAUGUGUGGGGGUGUGGUGCUAAAUGCUUUCACACUCACAGUAACUCCUUUCAAUGACUCUAUGAGGGAAGGACCACUAUCAUCCCCAUUUUAUAGAAAAGGAAACGGAGGACUAGAAAGGUCAGGUCACUCGCCACAGGUCAAACUCCUAUUUAAGUAUUAUUCAUUUUAAAAUAGGAACUUCUGAUAGAGAGAGAUUCCACUUUGAUGUAAUUAGGACUUCACACUUAGGAUGCCUUAUUCAUUCAAAGUAAUGCUGAUUACAGUGUAGGACAUUGCAUUGUAUAAUUGGAACACUGAUGGGCUACAGCUUCUCUUAAACUCUGACGUCAGACUCACAGAAAGUACCUCAAUACUUUGUAUUUUAGAAACCCCAGGUAGGUUAAAGGUUGAGAAGAGUUGAAGAGAGUUCAUCUUUAUGAGGUGAUAACUUCGGGAUUCUCGGGGUCCUUGACAAGAUGGCCAGCACCUGGGGGUCAGGUGUCUGCGAGAGACCUGGCCUCACUGCCACCAUGGCACAGAAAGCACAUAAUUUAUGGAAAAAUAUACAAUGCGAUCUCUAGCUCAUUUCUUGAAAUUAAAUUAUUGCUCUACUUCGUAAAGGAACAAGUGCCAUGCUAUAAUGGUUUCACCUUGUGCUGGCAAUGUCAGGUUGAUGAGAUAAGAGGGGAAGGUUAUGCAGAAAAAUCCCAGCCCUUUUUAACAGAUGAUGUGAUUAUGAAGUCUGAUAUAAAUAUAUGGGUAAUACAGAUAAGGCAGGGACUUAGGCUCCUAGUAAGCAUAUUAUUCUUAAUUACCAAGUGAAGAGUAUUGCUUGAUGUUUGAAUAUCCACUCUAUCUAGUGGGGGGAAAAAGCUCUAUACAUAAGCAUUCAUUAGUUUGAAAGUGAUUCUUCUUUCUUCCGAAUUGUUGGCCAAUCUGGAAUUCCUAUUGAAAACCCUGUGUACUUCAUUCCUUUCUAAGUUACACGGCACCUGAAGGGCAGUGAUAUUUGUGUGGGGGCCAAUCCAGACAACAUCUCUUUUUAUUUAUAUUUUUAAAAUUUUAUUUAUUUAUUUG